AUGCAAACAGCCCUCGUCUGCCUGUGCCUGCUCAGCACAGUCUUUGCCACACCUGUGCCACUGCCACUGCCUGGRAGAGCUGCCGGGAACUGUGCGGGACAGCACCGGAUACUUCUCAAAGGCUGUAAUGCCAAGCACGGCUUCUACAUUUUCAAAUAUGUCUACUCAUUCUCAACACGGAGGAACCAGACACAGAUAAAGAAAGAAGAGGCUGACCACCAGAGURUCCUCCCCAGCCGCCGGCUGGAUGAGGACAAUGCCAGGCGGGAGCUGCCGGAGACCAGGACGKCCCCAGAACACAGUGACAACAGCAGCACUGAAGUGAUCGAGUAUGGGAUUAUCUUCAAGCCUGAAAACCGCAGCACCCCAGGCAUUGGCAGUGAUGGUCCCAGUGUUCGCCCUGGCACUGGCACAGGAACCCGUGGUGGUGGUGGCAGUGACGCAGGUCCCACCCCAUCCAGCUCAGAGGGCAGCGGMGAUCUGGAUUUGGUGGUGGAAGUUGAUGGCGGUGUUCCCAUUCUCCCUCAGGGUGAACGCCCCGGUGAGGUUGUGGUGGGGAACAGGUCCCAUGGCAGGAGCGAGGACAAGGAUGACGGUGUCCCCAGGGUGGUUCCAGCGGAGGGAGCUGUGACCACUGAGAGGGGGAGGGUCCCUACCACCAGAGGACCAGGGGGUGAGGGCAGUGGGGAGGCCACUGUCUCUGGCCAAGGGCAGGAGGGUGUCAGGCGGGGUACAGGCACGGGAGGUGUCACCCUGGCCUCUGUCACGGAGAAGAAGAUGGAAGAUGUCCAAGUGGAUGCUGCUGGUGUGGAUGAAUACGCUUACAUUCCCGACUCGGGUAGCGUCACCAUCACCCGUGGGAGCUUGGGCAGCACAGCUGGCACCACCAGCUUCACCCAGAUCUCCCCGGACAAGGAUGAUGAGGUCAACAUCUUCAUUGGGAAGGCAAACAUCCACGUGGGGGAGCAGGAAACCACCCAGGCURGUGCCACAGAGGGCAGCGAGGAUGACGGCACCUCCACUGCGGGAACCAGCAGCCCCCUCCCCUGGCUGCACAUCACUGAGGCACCCAGUGGCGGUGACGAUGACAGCAUCCCUGCUAGCAGGCAGCCUGAAGGACCGGCCACCACAGCCACCCCAACYCGUGGGGACAGCGUCACCAGCAGCACCAGGGAUGGCCGCCCCACUGGAGAUGACGAGGAAGGUGCCACCACCACUGGUGUUGAUGGACGACUGGUAACCCCUGUCCCCUGGAGAGUCACUGAUGGUGACGUUACCAUCCCGACAGUGCCCAGCAUCCGAGGGAAAGAUGAUGAUGAGGUGAGAGGAGAGGGGCAGAAGUACAAGGGGGAGCCAGACCAUGUGGCUGCCACRACCCCCCGCCAGUGGGGUGGUAAGGGGGCUGCCGUCACUGUCCCAGCCGAGUGGGCCACCAUCCKCCCGGCCACUACCGAGAGGGGCCGCACCACCCCGUCGGUGACAACCAGCAGCCACAGGGCAGUCAUGAGCACUGUGCUGGGCAGAGGAGCGAGCGGCGAAGUGGGGACAACCACCCCCAGACCCCGUGUGGAGGGACGGCCCGAGGCAGGGAUAUGGGGCCGCCCGGGGGGAGCAGGGCUGGACAAGACACCCAGGACUGACAAAGAACCCUCGGCAAGUGGGAAACCCGGCAGCUGGGCAUCCAGUGGGGCCCAGACAAGUGUUGGUGGCCAUGACGGUGACGAUGGGGGGAGGUGGCAUGUCACCAAAGCAGGGGCCAGCCCCGCUCCACAGGUAGAGCAAGACACGGGCAGCAUGGCAGGAGGCAGAGGGCAGGAACGGGGGCGAGGCGGACAGAGCGGGGCAGCAGUGCCAGGGGCCGGGGGCAGCCGCCUGCCUGGACACCGUGGCAGGAGGCCAGGGGCCGGGGCACCGGGCACGUUCGCGGCGCUUGGCCGCAGCAGGCAGCUGGACCAGGUGAAACGCGCCGACGAGCUCCAUGUCCGAGAGCGGGCCUUCUACACCCUGGGCGGGGCAGGCGGCGGCCCCCAYGGCCCCUACCCUGGGCUGGGCAGCGCCGACAGCAGCCAGUCCUCCGAGGGGGAGAGGGGCAGCCACAGCGAGAGCGGACAGACGGGACUGCGGCCCUCAGGGUGGGGAUCCCCMGGGUACCCCCAAGGCCGCUGGAUCCAGGGCCCGCUCUGA